UGCAAGCGCGCCACGCUCGUAUUAUAUGCUUACCGAUGUUACCCUGUUUAUGAAAAUACAAACAGUGCCUUGUGAACUGAAUGCUGAAUACAAGUAAUCUGUAUAAUCAGUCGUUUCACCUUGGUGCUCGUCUUGUAAAGGAAUGUGGACUUAAAUACAUGGGCAACAAGUGACAAUGUCGAGUGGCAUGGAGGUCGGGGUGAACCGGCAGCUGGGCCGCGCGCACUUGUCGCACCUGCCGCAGCGGCCGCCCGUCGACCUGAGCUUCCAGGACCUCACCUACACCGUGCAAAAUGGACGAAAAUCCAAGCUUAUCCUUCGCGGGAUCACGGGCGAGUUCCGCUCGGGGCAGCUGACGGCCAUCCUGGGACCCUCGGGGGCCGGCAAGAGCACGCUGCUCAACAUACUAGCUGGAUACAGAGUAAUAGGCGCUAGCGGGCAGAUAUGCACGAACGACGAGCCCCGAAACUUGCGUCAGUUCCGCAAACUGUCUCGAUACAUCAUGCAAGAGGACCUGCUGCAGCCCCUUAUCACCGUGCAGGAGGCCAUGGCCAUCGCGGCGGAUCUCAAGCUGGGGUCGGAAGUCAGCAGGAAAAAGAAAGGGGUUAUUGUAGAAGAAAUCGUGCAGUUGCUACGGCUAAGUAAGGCGCGCGACACGGUGACCGAGCGGCUGUCGGGCGGCGAGCGCAAGAGGCUCGCCAUAGCGCUGGAGCUGCUCAACAACCCGCCUGUUGUGUUCCUCGAUGAACCUACCACUGGGCUAGAUGACGUGGCUUCCUCAACGUGCGUGUCGCUGCUGAAGCGAGUGGCGCGCGGCGGGCGCACUGUGGUGUGCUCACUGCACACGCCCUCCGCGCGGCUGUUCGCGGAGUUCGACCACGUGUACGUGGUGGCGGGCGGCCGCUGCGCCUACCAGGGCACCUCGACUGGUGUCGUGCCCUUCCUUAACGAACUCAACCUGAUAUGCCCAACGACCUAUAACCCAGCUGACUUUGUGAUAGAAGUGUCAAGCGGCGAAUACGGGUCGCACGUGGACCGCAUGGUGGCAGCGGUGGAGAACGGGCGCAGCCAGCGCUGGCGUGACUACGCCGUCGCGGCCGCGGACCGUGACGACAUCGAGCAGCUGAACGCCGGUGGCGUCGAGGAACACAACUACACGUAUGGCAGCACCUCAACACAGCAGUUCUGUAUACUGCUGAGGCGGAUGCUGCUGCAGACUUUCAGAAAUCGAGGCUACCUGCAGCUCCGCGUGGGCCUGCAUCUGUUCCUGGGCUUCAUCAUCGGCUCGCUGUUCAGUAGGAUGGGCUACGACGCCUCCAAGACCAUAUUCAACUUCGGUUUCUGCUACGCCUGCAUUAUUGCCAUGUUCUACAUUCCUAUGAUGCCCGUGCUUUUAGCUUUCCCAACAGAAGUCCAAUUAGUGAAACGGGAGUACUUCAACCGUUGGUACGGGCUGAAGCCGUACUACGCGGCGCUGGUGGCGUCGCGCACGCCAGCCACCGUGGCCUUCAGCCUGCUGUACCUCUGCAUCACCUACCCGCUCACCUCGCAGCCCAUGGAACUGGACCGGAUCCUCAUGUUCACGUCUAUUUGUGUCGUGGUGGCGCUCAUCUCCGAGUCUAUGGGGACGGUCAUAUCGUCAACGUUAAAUGUAGUUAACUCGGUGUUCAUGGGCCCAGCAUUGAGCGUGCCUCUGAUGUUGCUGGCGGUGUACGGCAUCGGCUACGGCGACGUGCCGGCGCCGCUGUUCUGGCGGCUGGCGCGCGCGUGUUCCUUCAUGCGCUACGGGAUAGAGGGGCUGGUGGUGGCCAUCUACGGCCCGCCGCGGGACGACCUGAUAUGCCCGGACCACGUUGACUACUGCGAGUACAAGAAUGUCAAGUACUUCGUUAAGCUGAUGGGCAUGUCAGGGGUCUCUUUCUGGACGGAUUUUGGCGUGCUGUUGCUGAUGCUAUGCGCCAUGAACAUGGCCGGCUACUACCUGCUGCGGCAGCGGCUGUCGCCCAACUACGCCUUCCGGGCCAUCAAGAUCAUCGGAAGGUUUAUCAAGACGAAGAUGAGCAUUUCACCCUAUUAAGUAAUAGUAGAGAAAAAAAGAAAACUCAGCGUGAGUUGUUCUGUCAGAAAGUUGGACUAACAGUUAAGCAAGAGGAGUGCGUGCAAGGUGGGGGAAAAAGGAAACGAUUGGUGUCUGAUUAUUGGGUAUUCCUCCAACAGUGGACGUCUUUUGGUACAUAUUUUUGUUUUCUGAUAAUGAUGAGUAUAUAGUGGGAAGAACUUUAACUUACCGAUUGUUACCUGCAGCUUUAAGCGUAGUUUUAAUGGACUAGAUAUGUACGUAUUGUCUUCACAGAAUACGUAACGUUAAGGUUGGGUGAGACCGAAUGAACUUAAAAAAUGGGCAUGUAACUAGGUAAAUAAGUAAACAAGCUUAUAUUUUGAAGCUUGCGGUAGUGUGUGAAUAAUUCGUAUUGGCAAGGACAAAUUCUUCAUGAAAGAAGGCUUCGACCGCUGAAAAAGUGUAAAUAUUUUGGUGGG